GUUAUCAGCACGCUCAAAACCGCUGGGCGAGAACGACGACGAGAAGAAAGCGACGGACAGACGACGGUGUCGUUCGACAACGGAGACAACAAAUCCGGCGAUCCUUAAUUCCGGUCCAGACUCCACGCGAAUACAUUCGCUGGAGGGGUCGCCUCGAGAAACAGAGAAGUCGGAGUGAGAGAAGAUCAAGCAAGCACGUAAAGACCAAAGUCUUGAUCUACUCUAAUUGCUACAUGAAUAAGGUGCCACUUUCCGAUUUCAAUUUGGCAAGCAUCAAACGAUUUCAUCAAGAAAUAUAGUACUCCCUCCGCAAACUUAUAUAAGAGUGUUUAUCGAGGGAGUACCUUUUUGGCAUUCUCCGGGUCCGCGCACGCGGCGACUAUCUCCAGGCACACAGCAGCAUCCUCACGGCAGUUGCAGAGCCCUCCGUCGCUUGGCGGAUGUGCGCAUGGUCUUCACGACCGGCGCCGCGUGACGCGGAGGCUAUGCGAUCCCGCGGCAUGACAGCGCCCGCUCAGAGCCUCGUUGCGCUUCUCGCGCGACGGCCAUCGGCCCCGGUGAGGUCCCCCGUGGUGGCCUCCAUCUGGGCCUGUCGGCUCCAGGCAAACGCUGCCUCGCCUGUCGCAGCCCUUGGCUCCACAGCGCUCCAGAGGUUGCCGUCGGUGGCGCACGUCCCAAGCGACGCCAUCGUGCCGCCGCGCCUGCCAUCUCCGACCCCCGCGGUCGUUGAGGUCGCCACCAGCCACGCACUGGCCUUCGUCUCGGCGACGACCGGCGCAUCCUCCUUCGUCUUUGGUUUGGGCGCGGGCGGCUCCUCCAACCACGUGGUUGUCGACGCCGACGCCGACGCCGCGCCUGCCGUCCCCGACGCUGGCCACCCCUCAGUUUUCGCCGCGCUCUGGGGUUCGUCACCGCCUCUUGGCCCUCGGCGUCUCGCUGGCGAGUCCACCGUCGAGCGGCCGCUCCGGCACGCGGAGCCCCGCGGCACUCGGGCUCGCGAUCGGCGCCUCCAACGGCGUCGCGCCGGGCACUCUGCUCCCUGGAGGAUCCUCGGACGAGGAAGAGCGCGGCGGGAGUUUUUCUCGCCGCCGGUGAAGUAGCCGACCGGCCGUAGUCGUCUCCGCCUGUCUUGGUCGCGUGGAGUGGGGAUGGAAGGCGCUGGGGAUUUUUGAUCCGUGGUACCUCUGCCUUAUCUCUUCGCAUGACCAAGCUGGCUUCAUCUAACAUGGAUUGCGUGGCCAUGUGCAUGUGGUGGAAAUUUAGGCAACCGGCAGGCGUUGCUUUAUUUGCUACUCCAUGAGUACUUGCUCCUCUGAUUGAGCACAGUAGCAGAUUAUUAGUGUUCCAACACACUCCUAACAGUGAUUUCAUUCUUGUUAAAAUCAGUACAUAUAUUUUACUACUGUUUUCUGUUGAGUACCGAGGUAUUCAUCUUAAGUUGAUGUAAUAUAUUUCCACGUUUACCACGUGUUGAGAUUAAUUAUGUUCAUUUGCAAUUGAGA